CAGUUUAUUGGUAGGCGACAACUCUGGUGCUGGCACGUGUUAAGCGCCGUUCCUCAAAUUUUGAUAUAAACAAUUCAAAAUAGUAACGAUGCUUCCUAACAUAGAGAUAAUAGUUGGCACCUACGAGGAGUUCCUCCUGGGCUAUCAAUUUAAGCAGCAGGAGGCAGACAAAAUCCAGCUGAAACAAACAUUUGCAGAUAAAUCACAUGCCGGCUCCAUAAAAUGUUUGGCCGUUCAGGGUCCUUGGAUAGCUACUGGUGGCAGCGAUGAUCGCAUCUUUAUUUAUGACAUGCGCAGUCGCAAGCAAUCACAGAUUCUACUCAGUCACACGGGCACAAUAAAUGCCUUGGUAUUCUCGCCAGACUUAACUCAUCUGCUAUCUGGGAGCACAGAUGGCCAUAUGAUUGCCACACGCGUCGGCAGCUGGUCCACAGAGGGAGACUGGCGGAAGGCACACUCCGGCUCGCCGGUAACCCACAUCAGUUGCCAUCCCAGCAGCAAAUUGGCAUUAUCAUUGGGAGGUGAUCAGGUCUUGCAUACAUGGAAUUUGGUAAAAGGACGUGUUGCCUAUAAGACAAAUUUGAAGAGCAAGCGAUCCCAGCUAGGCAGCUAUCCGGAAUGCUUGUCAUGGUCAACAGAUGGCAAUCAUUUUACAUUGAGUGGUCCUUUGGCGCUGGAAGUUUGGGACAUUAAGACGGCAAAUGUGGUCAGAAGUGUAAAGAUGCCAUCAAAACCGAUUUGUGUCAGCUGGCUAAGUGAAACGGAGCUUGUGACUGGCCUGGAGAAUGGUCAAGUGGCAUGGGUGACACUUCAAACAAAAGAUGAGCCCAAAUUAAUACCAGCCCAUGCAGCUAGAGUUAAAGCCAUGGCAUACCUGAGCGACACCUUGGCAACAGUCUCCAGUGCUGGAGAGCUUAAAUUAUGGAGCUGCGACUUAGAGAAGCAAGAACUGAAUAUUUUGGCCACCUCAAACUUGGAUUGUCGUCCCACUUGCUUAGGGCUUUUGGAUCUUGCACAGUUUGGAAAUAAGACCAAAGAAGAUGUUGCUCCGACUCCAGUAAAAGGCGCAACCAACAACAAGGCGGCCAACAAUAAGCAAAACAAAUCUGCGGAAAAUCCUGAAUCUUCAGCAAAGGCACGAGGAUUUGUGACAAUUGAAUACGAACAGGAUCUGCAAGAAAAUGAGAGUGAAACAAAGAAAAAGCAAAAGGCAAAGAAACCCAAACAACAACCAAAAAAAGCUAAAGCUAAGAAACCCGACACAUCUUCUGAAGAAGAAAGUAACUCUGAAGCGGAGGACAGUGAAGAUGACGAGGAGAGUGAAGAUUUAUCCGAAAGCGAUGAUGAAAUCGCCGGCAGCAAACUUCGACCACCAGCAAAAAGGAAAUUUAAGUCCAAAAAGUAGAUAUAGGACCUAGUUUUCUUCUUGUUUACCCAACUCCAUACUAGCCUUGACUUAUGUAAUAAAAAAUAUAUAUAUAUAUAAUAAUAUAGUUAAUCCUUUUAAACACAUCAGUCUGUGCCAUAUUUCUUCAAACUCCCUGUCUACACUUACACCGUACAGGAAACUAUAUUCUCAAUUUUCGAUUUUUGCUUCUCUUCUCGAGUAAAUAAUUCAUUAAUUCAUA